CUGCUGCAUUCGCUGUCCUCACAGCUUUUCUGUACCUCCUGCUCGAGACUGUUGUCUCCAGGAUGGGAGAGGUGGAAGAUGCCAAAGGAUUCAUGCCAGUAGCUUUUGCAACGCUGGGGGUGUCCACGACCCGCUCGCGGAUGAAGAGGGCUCUGGUUUGGGGUUUUAGGAUCCCCGUGGUGCUGGUGCCGUGGUUUAUGCUCUGCAUGGCCUGGUUUAUCCCCCACUCUUCUCUCCUGGGUAACCUAUGUGGACUCUUAGUUGGGGAAGCCUAUGGUCUUGGAUACUGUUUCUGCUUGGAUAUUCCAGAGUCAGUGGCCUCUAAGCUGGAUCAAAUGUUUCCUUUUAGUCUGCUAAGGAGAAUACCGGGGCUGAGAUACAUUCCAGGGACCUUAGCGGAGAGAAGAGCCUCUGAAAGCAGCAAGAUUAAACCUGUGCCAGGUUCCUAUCCCACCCAAAGCUACUACUGCUCUUCGCCUCCCGCUCCUCCUGCUUUCCAGAUGCAGCACCCCAGCAUCCAGAGCCAGGGAUUUCAGCCGGGCGGUGCUCUGGGAUGCAACCAUGCUGCGAUGCGGGAAGGGUCUCAGGGCAGCUGCGCUCCAGGAUACGGCCUCGCUUCUCCCCCCUACCAAACCCAAGGUGCCUUUGGAGGCCGCUGUAUCCAGCCCCACGUGGGAGCCCCAUCUGGGCAGUGCUGCUGGCCGGCUUCUCUGAUCGUCAUGGGGGAUGCUGGCGUGAAACAAACGGUUUCUACUCCAGAUAGUCCUGCCGAGCAAGACUCCCUUUUCAGCAUGACUGACCUGUUUCUCAUCUCGCUCAUCACUGGACUUUUGACGUACUGGUUCUUCUUCCGCAAGAAGAAGGAAGAAGUCCCUGAGCUUCCCAAAAUCUCACCAGUAGCAUCUCCAGUGAGAGACAGCAGCUUCAUUGAGAAGAUGAAGAAGACGGGACGAAACAUCGUGGUUUUCUACGGUUCCCAAACGGGUACAGCAGAGGAGUUUGCCAAUCGCCUCUCCAAAGAUGCUCAUCGUUAUGGCCUCCGGGGCAUGGCAGCUGAUCCAGAGGAGUAUGACUUGUCCGACCUGAGUCGCCUAUCUGAGAUCGACAAGUCUUUAGCAGUGUUCUGCAUGGCCACGUACGGUGAGGGAGAUCCUACGGACAAUGCCCAAGACUUCUACGACUGGCUGCAGGAGACGGACGCUGACUUGUCAGGUCUCCGGUUUGCGGUGUUUGGGCUGGGGAACAAGACUUACGAGCACUUCAAUGCCAUGGGAAAGUACGUGGACAAGAGACUGGAGGAGCUAGGAGCUCAGCGCAUCUUUGAACUUGGGCAGGGAGAUGAUGAUGGCAACCUGGAAGAAGACUUCAUUACCUGGCGAGAGCAGUUCUGGCCAGCAGUGUGUGAGCACUUUGGAGUGGAGGCUACAGGAGAAGAGUCCAGCAUCCGCCAGUACGAGCUGGUGGUGCACACAGAUGUGAACAUGAGCAAGGUCUACACUGGCGAGAUGGGCCGGCUCAAGAGCUAUGAGAACCAGAAGCCCCCAUUCGAUGCCAAGAAUCCUUUCCUGGCCCCAGUCACGGUGAACCGCAAGCUGAACAAGGGUGGAGAGCGACACCUCAUGCACCUGGAGCUGGAUAUCUCCAAUUCCAAAAUCAGGUAUGAGUCUGGGGACCACGUGGCUGUGUACCCAGCCAACGACUCCUCGCUGGUGAACCAGAUUGGCGAGAUUCUGCAGACCGAUCUGGAUACAAUCAUGUCCCUAAAUAAUUUGGAUGAGGAAUCCAAUAAGAAACAUCCCUUCCCCUGCCCCACGUCCUACCGGACAGCCCUUACCUACUACCUGGACAUCACCAAUCCGCCUCGCACCAACGUCCUCUACGAGCUGGCUCAAUACGCCACGGAGCCCGGCGAGCAGGAGCAGCUCCGCAAAAUGGCCUCGUCUGCUGCAGAGGGCAAGGCUCUCUACCUCAGCUGGGUGGUGGAGGCCCGCAGGAACAUCCUGGCCAUCCUGCAGGACAUGCCCUCCCUGCGGCCCCCCAUCGACCACCUGUGCGAGCUCCUGCCUCGCCUGCAGGCCCGCUACUACUCCAUCGCCUCCUCCUCCAAGGUUCACCCCAACGCCAUCCAUAUCUGUGCCGUGACGGUGGAGUACGAGACCAAGACGGGACGCCUGAACAAGGGGGUGGCCACCAACUGGCUCAAGAACAAGGUGCCUCAUGAGAACAGGAGCAAGUCCCUGGUGCCAAUGUACGUGAGGAAGUCGCAGUUUCGCCUGCCCUUCAAGCCCAGCACGCCCGUCAUCAUGAUCGGGCCGGGCACCGGCAUCGCCCCCUUCAUGGGCUUCAUACAGGAGCGGGCCUGGCUGAAGCAGCAAGGCAAAGAGGUUGGCGACACGGUGCUCUACUACGGCUGCCGCCACGAGAAUGAGGACUACCUGUACCGCGAGGAGCUCGCUCGCUUCCAUGAGGACGGGCUCCUCACCCAGCUCAAUGUCGCCUUCUCCAGGGACCAGGCUGAGAAGGUUUAUGUUCAGCACUUACUGAGGAAGAACAAGGAAAAUGUGUGGAAGCUGCUUAAUGAGGGAAAUGCUCAUGUCUACGUCUGUGGGGACGCCCGCAACAUGGCCCGGGACGUGCAGAACACCUUCUACGAGAUCGUGGCCGAGUUUGGGAACAUGAGCCAGCCCCAGGCCGUGGACUAUGUAAAGAAACUGAUGACCAAGGGCCGGUACUCGCUGGACGUCUGGAGCUAAGAGCAGGGCUGGCAGGGCCAGGGAGAGGACAGGCCUCAGGUGCCGGCCCACGGGAGGUGAAAGGUGCCUGCUUGGCCACCCCACUGUGGGUGACCACAUCAUCCCCACCCCACAGCUACCCCAGUGUCACCCUCAUCCCCUCUGCUCUGGGCUUGACAGCUACAGCAGUCCCCUAGAGCAGGCUGGGGAUGGAGCAGCUGGCACUUGUCCCUUACGUGCCUGUGCCCCUGGGAGGCAGAAGGGGCUGAGAGGGCCAGGAGGUGGCUAAGGCUGCUGUUGGGGUAGUGCUUAGCACCCAGGGGAGCAUCUCAUGGUCCCAGCCCUUCUGUGGGGUCAGUGACAAGGCUGCUGCUGGCUGGGGAAGGGGGCAGGAAGAACAGAGAGCACUGGAGGAGCCCCGGGCUCUUCCCGUGAGCACGUGGCCUUUCUCACCCCGGGUGAGGGGCGUAGGGGCCGGGCAGCCCUGCCCCCAGCUCCGUGCCCGGGGCAGCACCAGCUCCCACGUGCCUGGGCUGGAGCUCCGAGCCCUCC